AGUACUCGCUCACUGCCCAUCGCUAAUUUGUUUUGGUAAAUUCGACUCAAAAAAACAAUAGCUAAAUGUGAAAAUCAUGUCGUCGGGCCACGGAGGCAGCAAAUCUGGAAUCCUCAGCGAAGAUGAAAAGGUGAAACUGGUAUACAAUUUGCGCCAGCGAAAUGCUGUGCCAAUGGAGAAGCAGGCAGCACAAAGUCGCCUUAAACGCCUGCAGACUACUUUAAAGCGGCUGCAGGAGAAGGAGCCACCGACAAAGGACAUAAAAAAGGCUGAGGGAAACCGGGUAACACGGAGGUUUCCAAUGUUUACACGUGAAUCCCCGCCGCCUGCGAGCACACCUGUUCGCAGGACGUCGACAUGUUCAAACACGCCUCCGCGAUCACUGCGUGAGCGUCUAAGGGCCAAGGUCAAGGUAUCGUCGCCCCAAAACGCCUGGGAGAAGCCGAAAGCCCUGCUGGAUGCCAGCAAUCGUAUCCAGGCGGGCAAUUCCCAAAGUGCCAACCAGCGCCUAGCGCAGCUCCGUGACUCUCUCCGGCAGCAACAGGAGGCCAAGGAGCCUAACAAUAACAAUAAGUCCACCGCAGUCGUUCAGGAAACUCAUACACAGGUACCAAACGAGGUUAACCUUAGUGAUCUCACGGGCAUUAGUGCAUUUAAUUGCUCCACGGCGAGCGAAGAAGAGCCAGAGUCUAUGGAUUGGGAAGAGAGUAUCGAGGAGAAGCAGAUGGACCCGCCGAUCCAUAAGCAAACCCAUGAAGAAGCGAAUGAGAUUAACGACAUCUUGUUCAUGCGCCAGGCCAGCGGCGAGGAGGAAUUACCCACACGUCUUCUGGAUCACAUGUACUUCGUGUUGGACACGAACAUCCUGAUGCACAACAUCAAGUUCGUGGACGCAUUAACCGAGGUGGUCCUACCGGGUACAGUAGGCAGCAUGCUGUACAUUCCCUAUGUCGUUAUUAAGGAGCUGGACAAGUUGAAGAUAUCGAGCGAGAACAAAACGGAUCAGUUUGCCAGGCAAGCCAUACGAUAUUUAAACACCAAAUUUGAUGAAAGCUUGCAAAUACAAGCUCAAUCUGCCUUGGAGGAGGCGGAGCACUUAAUUGAUGUGGACUCUCCGGACGACAGCAUCAUUAACUGUUGCUUGCAGCUCAAGGAACAGGUGCCGAACAUGAUGCUCCUUACCAAUGAUAGUAACCUCCGCCUUAAGGGCAUUGCCUCGGACAUUCAAGUCUCCUGCCGCUCCGACCUUCUGGCGGACUACCCGGAUGAGUUUGCCCCUCUAAACGGAUAGAAGUUUGGCGUUACUCGCUACUAAAGACUGCGAUUGUGAUAAAUGAUCCAUGAGAGCUAAGAUGGAUCCACCUUUCAAGCCACUGCACCGCAGCAUAUAUGAAGUACAAUCAAUCAUUUUCACACAUUUUAAAUUUAUGAAUUUCUAUAUAAGUGUUU